AAAAAUUAAAAUCAUUGCAAAGACCAUUGCUAUGCUAUGCUAUGGAGGUCAUUUUCCGAAAAGGCCCCUGAAGAAAACUACUGGGCCACGUGUAGUGAAUCUGGGUGUUGGCUGUCUCAAUUUUCAUGUCUGCAGGGGGGUGGAGUGAUUGUCCGCGGAGGGGACUAGAUUAUGCUUUGUUGCAUCUCCUACUUUGAAGUGGAAGGAAGAGGAAGGAAUAUUCUUCUUCUUCUUCUUCUUGUUCUUCUUCUUCGUUACUGUCAAGAUCCCGCGUACGACGUCGUUUUACUCUCUCUUCUCUUCAUCAGUUGCAGCAGAGAACCCAAAAGGAAAAUAAAACCAAUAAUUUUAAUAAAAUAAAUAAUAUGAAAUGAGCAGAGCAUAACUAAGUAGAAGAAAGAAAGAAAGAAGAAGAGCAUGCAGCGAUGCAGAGAAGAGCAAAGCUUUGCAUCGUUGGUCUGAUGCGAAAUUACUCUUCUACCCUCCUCUUCUCUCGCCUCCGCCGAUCUCCCAAUCUCCCCCAAUUCCUUCUCUUCCAUUGCUCAGGCCCCAACCCCACAGCCCCUCACCAGCAUCUUCACGCUUCUACUUCUGCCUCUCAAAACGCUGCGUUUUAUUCCUUCCCUCAUACUCAGCUACCCUGUCUUCCUUCAGCUCCCUCUUAUCCCAAACGUUUCGUUUUGUUCAGUUUGCCUUCGACAGAUUCCAACACCCAUCACCAUCAUCACUACUCCUUUCAUAGAAAUUUUUUUACGAGGGCGAAACAUGCUAAGAAGAUUGAAAUCAACGAUUACCACAGUCAAAGGGCAGUCACUACCGCAUUGUGGUGCAACUUCCUUGUGUUUUCUCUCAAAUUUGGGGUCUGGUUUGCAACCUCAAGCCAUGUUAUGUUGGCUGAAGUUGUGCACUCUAUUGCAGAUUUUGCCAAUCAGGCGCUCCUUGCUUAUGGCCUGACUAGCUCAAGGCGUGCACCAGAUGAUAUCCAUCCUUAUGGUUAUUCAAAGGAGAGAUUUGUUUGGUCUUUGAUAUCCGCUGUUGGUAUCUUUUGUCUUGGUUCUGGUGCUACCAUUGUUAACGGAAUUCAGCACUUAUGGACUGCACAGCCCCCUGAAAAUCUUCAAUUGGCAGCUUUUGUGAUUGGUGGUUCAUUUGUUAUUGAAGGUGCUUCUCUUAUUGUUGCUAUACAAGCUGUCAAGAAAGGUGCAGCUUCUGAAGGAAUGAAAGUGAGAGACUAUAUCUGGCGUGGUCAUGAUCCCACAUCUGUUGCAGUCAUGACUGAGGAUGGAGCUGCCGUAACCGGCCUUGCUAUUGCUGGAGCAUCAUUGAUUGCAGUAAACAGGACAGGAAAUGCAAUUUAUGAUCCGAUAGGUUCAAUUGUCGUUGGCAACCUACUUGGAAUGGUGGCAAUAUUUCUGAUCCAAAGGAACCGGCAUGCUUUAAUUGGUAGAGCAAUGGAUAACCAUGAUAUGGAGAAGGUUCUCCAUUUAUUACAAAAUGACCCGGUUGUUGAUGCUGUAUAUGACUGCAAAAGUGAGGUGAUUGGACCUGGGUUCUUUCGAUUUAAGGCUGAAAUAGAUUUUAAUGGAGUGGUGGUAGUGCAAAAUUAUCUUAAAAGAACUGGCCGUAAUGAGUGGGCAAGACAGUUUCGUGAAGCUGCAAAGGAGAAAGAUGAUGCUGCACUACUCAAGAUCAUGUCAAAUUAUGGUGAGGAAGUUGUAGUAGCCUUAGGAAGUGAAGUUGAUAGGUUAGAGAAUGAGAUCCAAGAGCUUGUUCCCGGCAUACGCCAUGUCGAUAUUGAGGCACACAAUCCAACAGAGUUAUCACCAUGAUUUUUGCAAUUAUUGAAAUUUUGCAGAAUUGUUUUUGCAUUCUUUGACGUUACUGCAAGUUUUGGCAGGCCAAUCUAUGUUGUAUAAGUGGAACUCUCAAUGGUUAAAGCUGAACCAAAAAAAAAAAAAAAAAAAUUCAGUCAGCAUGGCUCUCAGUUGUGCUCUAUUUACCCAUUAUUCAACAUUUUGGAAUCUUGUUUUUCGUCACCCUGUAAAUCAUAACUAUGUAUUUAGAGUUUGAUGUUACUAUAAUCUUUUUUCUUACUUGUGGUAGCUCGAUUGUGGGCGUAUUUAUUUAUCUUAGUUUGCUUCAACAAUGUGCAAAAAAGUUGUGAGAUUAUGAAGGUUUUUUCAUGCUUCUGUUGGGUCUCAAGUCUCAACGAAGGAUAUUAUGUUGUUCGUGUAGAUACAGUUUGAUGGUAAUGGGAUAUUCUGGCUUCAAGUUUCUUCUAUCCGAAAAAGGAAAAUAGCCAACGACAUGGUUAAUUUGUCAUGUUCCAACAACAUUUGUUGAUGAGAUGAUUAUUCAGAAAUUAAUGUGCAACUUACACAUAAAGAAUAAAACAUAUAAAUUGCAAAUUACAUUGAAAAGAAUUCAAGGCAAAAAGUCAAAAAGAAAAAAGAGAGCAUUUUUCCAAAACCAAAAAAGAAAGAAAAAAGAGUCAAACACGUCGACGGUGGAAAUCCAACGAAUGACGUGGCGAUUCAUGAUUGAACAGCAUUAAAAACACCAACCAAUUAAAAACGUCCACGUGACCAAGAAAGCGAGAUGGCGGGCCCCAAAGAACGAAAGGGAGGAGUAGAUUUCCAGGAAUGAAGGAGAAAAGCAGGUGGUGGACGUCGCAGAAACUACAAGGAAAUAUGCGGUGGAAACCAACUAUAAAAUGUUGGGAUGGAUGGGAUGGCAUAGGAAAUAGGAAAGAGAGAGUAAGGAGAAUGGGAGCGUUGUCGGUGUUCAAUGUGAAAGAGAAGGUAAUAACAAGACAAGGUGCAGGAGCCAUUUGCCCAUACUGUGGUGGUCCAAUUCUGGCCUGCUGUUAUGAUUCCAAUUUGCUCUUCUUUUUCAUUUCCAUUUCCCGCAAAAUCAAGACCAAGUAUUUCUGCCUUAUUUGUUCCCGUCGCUUAAUUCUUACUCCUCCUCCUCCUCUUUCCCUCUGACACCCCCUUCUCCAUUUUUAAAAAAAAAUUAUAUUUACCAUUGCCUUUUAUUGUAUUGUAAUUUGUAUUCUCCUAUACAUUAAGAUUGAAAAAUAAGAGUUGAGGUGCCUGUUUUCUUGUGAUUCUUAA